GCGGCGAUGUCCCAGCUCGAGCAGGCCUGGCGGGGCCCUAACCCGUCUUUUCACCGGCAAAGCGGGCGCCGGGCCGGGCCCUGAAGCCGCCCGCCGCCCCGGGAAGACUGGAUAACCCCCCGAGGGAACCGGCGAGGCCCGGAGCUGCCCCGGCUGAGGAUGGGGAUCCUCUUCACCAGGAUAUGGAGGCUAUUCAACCAUCAGGAGCACAAAGUAAUCAUUGUUGGGCUGGACAAUGCAGGCAAAACCACCAUUCUCUAUCAAUUCUCCAUGAACGAGGUGGUGCACACCUCGCCCACCAUCGGCAGCAACGUGGAGGAGAUCGUGGUGAACAACACGCGCUUCCUCAUGUGGGACAUCGGCGGCCAGGAGUCCCUGCGCUCCUCCUGGAACACCUACUACACCAACACCGAGUUUGUGAUAGUUGUUGUGGACAGCACAGACAGAGAGAGAAUUUCUGUGACUAAAGAAGAGCUCUAUAAAAUGUUAGCACAUGAGGACUUAAAAAAAGCAGGUUUGCUGAUCUUUGCUAACAAGCAAGAUGUCAAAGAGUGUAUGACAGUAGCUGAAAUCUCUCAGUUCCUGAAGCUGACUUCAAUUAAGGAUCACCAGUGGCACAUUCAGGCAUGCUGUGCUCUAACUGGAGAGGGACUGUGCCAAGGACUCGAAUGGAUGAUGUCAAGACUUAAGAUCAGAUGAUUUUUAAUGACCUCUUUGCACAGACCUUGCUUCAGAAGAGCUGUCCCCGUGGUUACCUUCCCAGUGGCAGAAUUAAUGGGUUAGGUGUAUUUAUACCAAACUGAUUGCAACUUUAUUUUCUACAUUAGAUGCACACACACACACACACAUACCUGUAUAUACAUUAAGACCAUGCAGCAAAAAGCAAGCUGCAGCUGAUGGCUCCAGUUUGGCUUUCCUCUUUUCUUUUUCCUCUGAGGAUGAGUUUAAAAGCUGUGAUCAACCUUCUUGUCAAGAGACAACCACUCGGAACAGUCUGGUGGUGAAGAUGGAGAGGAAGGAGCUUUGACUUGAGUUCUGCUAUUCCAGUGUAGCCCUCCCUAGGUGAAGAUCUUGGCUUCAUUACUCCAGUAAAUUAGAGAGCAAAUUGAUGGCUUAGAUACCCACCAACCUGCCAGUAUUUUUAAGGUUCCUGAUGUUACAAAUGCAGAACUCUUUCCCUGUCUGUGUACUGUACAUAUUUGUGUAUAUUUAUACCUCAAUUUUAGGCUAACUGCAAUCUGUUCAGACCAGUGUGUGAAGCUGCAUCAGUAUGUUGACAGCAGGACCUCCCAUUUGAGAUGGCCAACGUUGUCACCACCUCUUUCCCUUUGUUACCUGCGUGGCUGGAAGGCUCAUCCAGGCGGGCAGGCGGGUGGCUCACCACGGCUUGAUAAAGCAAACUCUCUCUUAAGACCAGUGCUGCUUUCUCCCAGGAUUUCUCCAUUAGGAUGCCAUGAUGGAUUUGGGGUGCAUGGAUUGAGCUGCAAAUUGCAGUGUUGGCAAAGGAUCCAGAUGUAUCAAAGCAGCUGAAAAUGAGAUGGAUUUCCUUUGGAUUAGGUGACUCCAGGUGAUUCGUGUGGUGUCACGCUCUCCCGUGGUACUGCUCUGCUGGGUUCUGCAGUACUGUUCAGUUAUGAUUCAAGGCUAGGACCUCAGAAAGGGAAAAAGAUCAUCUCUCUGUUGUUUUUCCUUUUUCUUAACCAAAGAAGAGGCACAAAAAUAUGUUCAGAGUCCCACUGGAACCUUACAGACGAAAUCAUACUCUGCAUUAAGUGUUUGGGGGUUUUUUUCAGAGGAGGGCACACUUUGAUAGCAUAAAAUGUCUCUAUUUAUAUCUGUAUGCAAUGGAUGGAACUGGGAUGGGGAACAAACAGAUCACACUACUUGAAAAGCCAUCAGUCAGCCCUUGAUGGUGUUCCCACAGCAGUUCCAGGGCAGUCCUUCUUGAAAAGAGAAUUCCCUUGCGUGGUCCCCAGGUGAGUUAGGAGUGUCAGAACACUACAUGAUUAUCUGCUCUUGCUGUAGCACCUGAGGGGAUGGAGGUCUGCAGCAGCUCUCCACAAUGCCCCUUUUGGAGGACACAGGUUUGGCAGUACCCAGAGUGCCCCUUUUGGAGGACACAGGGGUGGCACUGGAGUGUCUAGAGUGCCUGUUUUGGAGGACAGAGGUUUGGCAGUAUCCAGAGUGCCUGCUUUGGAAGACACAGGGGUGGCACUGGAGUGUCUGGAGUGCCUGUUUUGGAGGACACAGGUUUGGCAGUAUCCAGAGUGCCUGCUUUGGAGGACACAGGGAUGGCAGAGCAUCCAGAGUGCCCCUUUGGGAGGACACAGGGGUGGCAGAUGGAUGCUCUGAGGCGUGGGCAGUGCUGUGGAAGUGUGUGUAGCCUUAAUCCCAGGCUUUAUUAUGUUGGGGACGGAUAUUUGGGGAGCAAAAUGAAAUAAGUCCCUGUUUCAAAUGUCCCCCCCUUUUGUAGCUGAUACAUCUGGAAAAGGCUCUCUUUUUCUUUUUUUUCCUUUCCUUUUUUUUAAAGAAAAAGCUUAGUUUGAACUUUUUAAGGUGCUUCUCUUUGGGAUAAUCUAAUCAGCACCCCCUGCCUUCCCCUCUGCCUGCUUCACGUCGUGAACCUGUGGGGAGAAGAAAGGGAGGCAGCCUCAAAAGUCUGUGUUUAACAAAGGCAGGUAAAGCAUUUUACCUUUUUAAUCUCUUUUUUUCUGGUCUCUCUGAUGCUGACUGGCUGGGGAAUCUGCUGUCUCUGUUCUGCAUUUUAACAUGGACAUGCAUAUACUUAGGGUGCAUGCACAUAGGUCUUGGUAUUUAACUGGUGUAUUGCAAACUGUAUCCACGUUCCAAGAAAUAACAAUGGACUGCAAAGAACUCUUCUCAGUUUGUCUGCAGGAAAUGAGCUCUCUGCACACCCUUGCCUACAAGAUGGAAUUGUACCUUUUCUAGUCCUAAAAAGAAAAACCCAACAACAAUAA